CGAUUUCUCUUGACCAAGAAACGUUUUUUUGUUGGAUUAUUUGGAGAAUCGGUCAAAAUCUGAGAGGUUCACUAAUGAGAGGUUCACUAAUGUCGAGUCGUUCGCUGUGUCACUAUCUCUGAAUUGAUAGGCUACUUUUUUCACGGACAGGAGAUUGUUAGGGUAGUCCAGGAUUCAUUGUUGAAGUAGCCUAUCUUUAAAUUUAGUUGUUGCGUAAUUACCAGCAAAAAUGUCUGGAGAGACGAUCACCAAGAUUGAAACCUUCAAGGGUUCACCGGGUGCGUUUCCCGUGGUAUUGAAGAAAAUAAUGGAAAUGCCCCCACCGAAUUUACUCGAGGGCGACGAUGACAAUGACAAGGAUAAGCUUUUUACGGGGGACAAUGUGGACCUUGGAGGAGGGAGCGGGAUGGGUCCGUCGGCCGCCCUGACCCCCGCCAUCUGGGACAAGACCAUCCCGUACAACAGGGAGACCUUCCACCUGGAGUACAUGGACCUGGAGGAGUUCCUCAUCGAGAACGGCAUCCCCACCUCGUCCCUGGACAAUGCUCUCAACAUGAAAAUUGCAGAGAAGAAGACAACCAGCACCGCGACAGCCCCAGACGCCCCAAUCUCCCUGCUGCCAGUCCUGGAACUAGACCAGUGUGAAGAGGAGGUGGUCACCAUCACCCUCAACAGUGCUGAUAUCACAGGCAACACCGAGGUGGUGACAGACAAGGACAGGCUGACCCCUGAAACCAUCGACCCGGAGGAGAUUGAGGUGAACGUGAACUUUGAUCCGGACCCUACAGACCUGGUCCUGUCCAGCGUUCCUGGAGGAGAGCUGUUCAACCCACGCAAACACAAGUUCUCAGAGGAGGAACUCAAACCACAGCCCAUGAUCAAGAAGGCCAAGAAGGUGUAUGUACCUGAGGAUUCUAAGGAUGAGAAGUACUGGCAGAGGAGGAAGAAGAACAACGUGGCGGCGAAGCGUUCCCGGGACGCGCGCCGACUCAAGGAGAACCAGAUCACGGUGCGGGCGGCGUUCCUGGAGCGUGAGAACACGGCACUACGACAGGAAGUGGGCGAGCUACGGAAUGACUUUGCCCGCAGCAAGAAUGUUGUGGCCCGCUACGUGGCCAAAUUCGGAGAGCUGUAAGGGACCAAACACAGACAACUGCCGGCCGUUGCACACAGAUUGCAUCAGCUAGUCACUUCAUUUUGGUCAGAUCACUAAGUAGCAACAUCCUUUGUCAUAAAUCAAUUGUAAAUACCCACUGUUGCACUACUCACAUUAGCUGCAUACGAAACAAUGAGAGACAGUGAUUUGCGGUAAAUAUGAGCUCCUCAGUGAGACAGAUAAGGAAACAAUGACAUCACGUUGAGGUGGAGAAAGGCAGGCAUAUUAUUGCAAUGAAUACACUACAAAAUGUUCAAAUACAAAAUAACCAGUGAGA